AUGCUGGCAUACACCAGCCGUUGGCGCAGAAAGAGUCUAAAGCUGGGAGUCGCUGCGGCAUUGCACACAGCGUUUCCUGCUGGACUUGCGGCGGACUUGUACGCGCUGAUGCAGUGGUGGCACUCGCUGCUGUCCGCCGACCCGAUCUCACUCGACCCUCUCUGCGACCUCCCGUACCCGCCCUUUGUCCUCUCCGCCGACCUGACGCAGCGAUCGGACAACGACUACUUUGACGGGCACAUCCUCGCGCUCUACCUUGUCAGCACGGGCCAGUUCACCCACCCUGUCUCGCGGCGGCAAAUCACGAGGGAGGAGUGCGCGGCGCUCGAUCGGAUCAUCCGGUCGCCCGCGAUCACGCAGCUCCGCGCGGAGGCGGCGCUGGUGCUGCAGGCGCUCUUUCGGGGCGAAGGCGCCGGCCCAGGCUCGCGCCAGCCCGAGCCGGUCCCGCGCUGGGAGGGCGGCCUCGCGGUGCUGGACGACGACGACGCGCCGAGCCACGCGGAAAAUGUAUCGGCUUACGUACAAUCGACCGACAGGAAGCUACGGCCGCUGCUCGCCUUCCGCGACUCGCUGGGCGGCCACUACGUCGUGCACCGCGCCGUCCUCUGCGGCGCCUGCCAGGAGCCGGCCCUCCUCCUCCGCCAGCUGGCCUCUGCGCGCCUCGCCUCGCCGGUGUGGGCGGGCGGCCGGCAGAGCAGCGCCGACGGCGCCAAGCACAUCUCGUCGGCCGGCUCCUCCCUCCGGCGCCACCACGAGGCGGAGCUGGCGAGGGAGGCGAGGGAGUUGCUGUUCGCGCUGGCGUGCGCCGACUACAUCGCGCCGGACGCGUCGGAGGAGGUGCUCGCCAACGCUGCGAUCGCCGCCGCCGCAGCGGCGCCCGACGCCGAGGCGGAACGAGGCCACCGGCCAAAAGCGCAUGUCUUGAAGGUCCGACGCUGGAAGCCCAUGCUACACGAUGCCGCCGCCGCCGGAGACGCCGCCAAGGUCGGGGAGCUCCUGGCGGGAGGCGAAGACCCGACGCUGCGACACAUCGCCUUUGGCUUCAAGGUGCCGUACGAUGUGUCGGCCGAUGGCGCCACGCGAGACGCUUUUCGCCGCUUCUGCGGCGCCUCGCCGGGCGCGUGGAACUGGGAGCGGGCGCACGUGCCGUCCGGCCUGACCGAGGCGGCGGAGGAGGAGAGGCGGGAGGCGGCGCACGGCGAGGCGGUGGUGGAGGCGCAGGCGCAGCUGGCGGCGCUCACUUGCCCGAGGCGAGUCGCGUUGCGCGCCCGGCGUCGGCGGGCGGCAGAGGCGUCGCUACGGCUCGGAGGCCUCUCCGAGGCGCAGCGGCGCUUCCUCCUCGGGGAAGACUGGCAGUUUGCUGUCGCCGCCCCCGCAGCCAACGCCGCCUCUACGCCUCGGGAGGACACUGCUGGCAUGGCGGGGGAGGAGGCGGCGACGAGUGUCGCACUCUCGUACCGAGGUGCGACGGUGCACGUGAGCGUGCUGCCCGGUGGACGCGUCUCCGGUCUGUUCGAGCAGACUGCCCGCGCGUUCGACUUGCCGCCUGAGCGCUACGGUCUGAAGCUGCUGCACAAGGGCAAGGCUUUGGCGCCCGACGCCACAGUGGGGCUGGCGCUCUCCGGCGCGGCCGCCCCCAAGCUGAUGGUACUCGCGAGCGCGACCGACGCGGUGCGCCAGCUGCAAGCCGCCAAGUCGGACACGUCUGUGGCGUCGUUUGCGGCGGAGCAUGGCAGCAGAAAGGGGAAGGUGCCGGUGGUGGCGGGGCCGAGGCGGGGGCGCAAGUCUUGAUUCUGUCUUUCUGCGUGUCCCAUCACUUCUCCGGCGGCGGUGUGUGUGUGUCCGGGGUAGCCACCACUUUCCUGCCUCACAAGGGCGGGGCUGUCCCGGAAAGUGAGAAACGCCGGGCAGCGUGGUGCACGACUUCAACCUCCCAUACGUAUUUUCGUUCGCUUCUCCCUCGGGCUGUUCCAUCUCCUCGUAUCCUU